AUGGUAGGAAAAGAAAACUUCAAGACUGAAGACUUGAACUUGUGCUUUGAGAAACUCAUGAUGUUUGGUGGUGGUAGUGCUGGUGCUAUUGCUCUUGGUUGUGGAAAAGUGAAAAUGGAAGGAAGGGCUAUUACUGAUUGGAAGGAUAUUCCCAUGGAGCUCCUGUUGCAAAUCCUUGGACUUGUCGAUGAUCAGACGGUGAUCAUGGCUUCUGGAGUCUGUCGUGGCUGGAGAGAUGCUGUUUGCUUAGGCCUUACCCGUCUCUCCCUUUCAUGGUGCACCAAGAACAUGAACAACUUGGUCCUAUCUCUUGCUCCUAAGUUUACAAGAUUGCAGACUCUAAUUCUACGUCAAGAUAAACCCCAACUUGAGGAUAAUGCUGUUGAGAGCAUUGCAAACUUCUGUCAUGAUCUGCAGGUCCUGGACCUCAGCAAAAGCUUCAAGCUCAGUGACUGCUCCCUGUAUGCCUUAGCUCAUGGGUGCCCUAAUCUUACAAAACUCAACAUUAGUGGGUGUACAGCCUUCAGUGACAGUGCUCUUGAGUAUCUGGCUAGCUUUUGCCAAAAAUUGAAAGUUCUGAAUCUUUGUGGAUGUGUCAGAACUGCGUCAGACAGGGCAUUGCUGGCUAUUGGUCGUUAUUGCAGUCAGUUGCAGUGUCUGAAUCUUGGUUGGUGUGAGGAUGUAAGUGAUGUUGGAGUUAUGAGCUUGGCAUAUGGAUGCCCUGAUCUCAGAACCGUUGAUUUGUGUGGCUGUCUCCAAAUAACAGAUGACAGUGUGAUUGCUUUGGCAAACAGGUGCCCUCAUCUGAGAUCCCUUGGCCUUUAUUACUGUCAGAACAUUACAGACAGAGCAAUGUAUUCUUUGGCCCAGAGUUUAGUUAGGAACAAGCCUGCAGCAGUGUGGGAAUCUAGGAAACCCAAGAAUGAUGAGGAAGGGCUCAGGACUCUUAACAUCAGCCAAUGCACGGCACUAACCCCUUCUGCUGUUCAGGCGGUGUGCGACUCAUUUCCCGCACUUCAUACCUGCUCUGGAAGGCAUUCCCUCAUUAUGAGUGGCUGUUUGAACUUGACAUCCGUGCAUUGUGCCUGUGCUGUCCAAGCACACCGCACGGCUAGCGCCUUUCCUCAUUCAGCUCAUUGA